UCCCGCCGUGUCGGGUUGACUUUGUAUUCUAAAAAGCUGUGACAUAACCUCCGAGUGGAUAGCAGAAGUCGUGCAGUAUAAAAACAUUCAGUGAACACGUUAUUUACAAAAUAACUAAGUUUUAUUGAAUUUAUUCAAAAUGGCCCAAAGUAGAUUAGAAAAAAUUGGAACAAUCUAUUCCAGAGUCACUGCUUUAUUAAAGACUGGAGCUAUGAAAGAAGAAAAUAAACCUCUUUGGUAUGAAAUAUAUAAAGCAUUUCCACCAAAAUAUGAGCCACGGUUUGAUAGACCUGCACCAGACACUCCUGUAAGAAAAAUAUUUUAUCCUGAAGAUGUAGUCAGAGCGCGAUUCCAUAGAGAACACAGAGCAUUAGCAGCAGUCAAUAUGAUUGAUCCUAACGUUCCAUCCAGAAUGGAACAGUUUUUGAAUAUUUACAAUCAGCUGAAAGAGAAAAGAGUUGAUGAAAAUGAAUUAUUUGAAAAAGCUUUUGAAGAAUUUUCAACCAAACUUAAACUUGAUAGGGCUAUGGCUACAGAACAGAGAAACAGGAUUAGACAAGAAAGAAGUCAAAAGAAAUCUGUUAAUAUGGUAGAAGUAAUGAAAGUCAAGGAGGAAGAAAAGGACCAAACUGCAUCAGAAGACACUUCUAAUAUUAAUUUCAAACCAAUUAGAUUAAGUUUAGACAAAAUUAUAAAAGACGAAAGUAGUGUCGAAGAGAAGAAAUAGAAUAAUACCCAUGUAAAUAUAAGGUAUCCUAAAUUUGUACAA